CUGGCGGCACAGGCGCGGGCCGGCGCUUAAUCCGUUGGCUUAGAGACAACCAGUUUAACAAUACGAGCACAAGCAACCUUUUGGCCGUAUUUAAGCGUUCAAUAACCACUGGGGAAUCCUCAGUGUUGUAUGUUUUUGGUAUUUUUUAUCAAAAGCCCGAGAGCUUGGCGAAGCACGUGACGCGAGCCUGAGCUGGGGCCAAAAUACCGACUUACCUACCGGUAGGCACCUACCACCCAGGUACCUAGGCUUCUAGUCGUGCUGCCAGAGACCAUAGCAAAACCCACACGUCCGGAAUGGCCUCAUUACAGCGCAUCCUCCGCCCAGCCGGCAGCAGGCGCAUACUGGCCGGCAUCCACAGGGUGACCACUGCCACGGCCACGACCCCCGCGCCGCCGACCUGUUGCGCCGCCGCCGCCGCCGCCGCGAGGCGCAUGAACUCCUCCUCCUCCUCCUCUGCGACAAGCAAGCCGCCGCCCGCCGCCCCAGACUCCAUCCCCGACGGCGAGCUGGGCGUGGGCGAGCUGCAGGGCGCCAGCUUCAGGGUCGAGCCGCUGCGCCGGGUCGGCGAGGACGCCAAGACGAUGCGGGCUCGGCUGCUUCGCCAAUCCCGCGGCCGCGGCACCCUCGAGUCGGAGCUCCUCCUCUCCACCUUUGCAAAGGCCCACCUGCCCGCCAUGACGCCCGAGCAGAUGUCGCAGUACGACCGCUUCCUGGACGAGAACGACUGGGACAUAUACUACUGGGCCACGCAGAGCGAGAGCGGCAGCAGCAACAACAACAACAGCACUAGCACCACCACCCAGACCCCGAUCCAGAGCCCCCGCCCCGGCGAGUGGGCGCAGACGGUCGGCACCUUCAAGCCCGCGUACCGGCCCGUGCCGUCGCGCUGGCGGGGCAGCGAGGUCCUGGCCCUGCUGCGCCGCCACGUCCGCGACCGCUCCGCCGCCGGCGUGCUCGACGGCGGCGGCAGGGUGGCGGCCGGCGACGGCGAGGUGGCGGCGGCGGGAGGGUCGGCGACGACGACGGGCGGCGGCAUGGCGUUUAUGCCGCCGCUGAACUGAUAGGCAUCGCGGGGUCGGGAAGCCCCCGCCAGGCGUGCAAGGCCGGAUCUUUUCGAGAAAGGAGGCUCGGGACAUUGCUAUCCAUUCUUUGGUACCCAUGGCUUCGUUCCAAGUCCAUGACCUCUGUAUGUACCAGCCAGCUAAAUGUAUCAUCACUGUACUACCAGAGGUGCGGUUUGUCCAUCUCCCCAACUCUCCUAGUCCGGCACGGCAAACUGCACGUUUUGUCACAGUUAAUGAAUCAAGAACCAACCGUCAGGUGUUACUCCUGGGUGGUUUCAGGGUCCAGGGCGAAAGAGCCCUCGCCCGGCGCGGCGUGUUAUGUACAAGAAAGCAGCCCGCGCGACAGAGUUGCCAGGGAACAAAGUAAAUCGGGUGAAACGUCACCCGCGUGAGAAAAAAAAAAGAAAAAACCGAGCCCUCGCCGGGUAGGUAGUUCUUCCCCUCCCCUGGGGCACCGGGCGAUUAGCCAAUUCUGCUGAAAGCCAAGACCCACCCGCCUUUCCCAGAUAAAAGCAGAAAAGACCUCCAUCGACAGACUAGGGCAGGGGGUAUCACCGCCGCCGAUGUUCCUAGAAACCUCUCCAAGACGCCUUGCCAAAGGAACGUGAAGUAGAAAAGACCCUAAGUCACGACUCCUACCAUGAAAAAAAAAAAUGA